AUGUCCCGUCUUCGCGACCCAGCGGAAUAUGUAUCGAAAGCAAAACAUAGAUGGGCGGGUCACAUCGUGAGAAGAAUCGACGAUAGAUGGACUAAAAUAACGCUAGAGUGGAUCCCAAGAGAUGCUAAACGUCCUCGAGGGAGACCGCCAACGAGAUGGAGUGACGUGUUUGCUACACGGAUGGACCAGCUGAGAGCUCAGCUGGAUAUGGCUCAAGGACCUCGUCGACGUCACUCACGAAGCUUGAGAACAUCUUGGAUGACAACGGCGAGGGAACGAAACGAGUGGAAGAGAUGCUGGGGCCCGCACGUUCAGUGA